AUGGCCCCGAGCACGAUUGAGGAUCAGAUCAAGAUGGAUGUCACGUCCGAGAAGAUCGAACAUGCCAGUAUCGAUGAGACACCCUCCUUCACCCCCGAGGAGGAGAAGGCCCUGGUCAGGAAGAUUGACUUGACCCUGCUGCCAACCAUGUGGAUUAUGUAUUUGUUGUCCUAUAUGGAUCGGACAAACAUUGGAAAUGCCAAAAUCUCAGGCAUGGAGACAGAUCUGAACUUGACGUCAGGCGAGUACUCGAUUGCCCUGGUAGUGUUCUUUGUCGGAUACGUGGUCUUCGAAGUCCCCAGCAACCUGGUUCUAGGCCGCACUCGACCAUCAAUAUUCUUGCCCAGCAUCAUGAUUCUGUGGGGAACUCUGACCUGCGUGAUGGCCACCAUCAAGAGCUAUAAGCAUCUCGUCGUUCUUCGGGUCAUCAUCGGAUGUGUCGAAGCCGGGUUUGCCCCUGGCGUGCUGCUCCUACUGUCUUCGUGGUACAAACGCACAGAACAGUCCAAGCGGUUUGGUGUCUAUAUCUCGGCGGCCAUUCUUUCCGGUGCCUUUGGAGGUUUGAUUGCGGCCGGAAUCGUGGACAACCUGGAAGGCGCUCACGGAAUUCGGGGGUGGCGAUGGCUUUUUAUUGUCGAGGGUGCUGCCACUGUCGGAUUCGCCAUUAUCUCCCUGUUUAUCCUCCCUGAUUUCCCCGCCACCUCCAAGCGGCUAUCAGAGCGCGAGAGACGUAUUGCAGUGGCACGCCUGGCAACUGAGAAUGUGACUGCGGUCACAGAGAACAGCGAGAGAAUGGGCAACUGGCAAGCUGUCAAAGUAUCUGUGUGUGACUGGCGGACAUGGGCAUUCGUUGUGGGAUAUAUGGUCAUUGUUGGAUCAAGUACCCUCACCUAUUUCUACCCAACUCUCGUGCAAGGGCUCUUCAAUGACGCAUCCACCUACCGAGUCAACCUUCUCACUGUCCCGAUUUACGGCUUCGCGUUUAUCUGCACCGGUAUAACCGCUUAUUUCAGCGACAAGAUCCCGUCCUGGCGAGGCUUGGUCAUUACGGGCUGGCUCGCCUUCUCGUUGGCAUGUUCGAUUAUUGUGUGCGCGGUGUAUAACUUCACGGCCCGGUACAUUCUGUUAGUCUUGAUGGCGGCCGGGUUGUGGGCAACCAACGGAGGCUCGCUAGCAUAUGCAUCCUCUGCCUUUGCCGGGAUGAAUCCGCAGGCGCGAGGUGUAAGCCUCGCCCUGGUCAACGCACUGGGUAAUCUGGCGCAGAUUUAUGGCGCGUAUCUCUUCCCGGACACAGACAGCCCCAAGUAUAUUAUGGGCUUUUCGGUCAUCUCGGCAAUGCUGGCAUUGGGCGUGGUUGUAUACGCCGGGCUCCACGUGUGGUUCCGCCGUCGCACACGAUCUUUCUUCGAGGAGUGA